AGAUGCAGAGACAUUAGCGGCGGCUCAACAAUCCUCUAGUGCGACAGCUGCACGUCUGGAGGAGAGGGAAGACUCUGCUCUUUGGGUCGACCGGUACCGUCCGAAACGAUUCACAGACCUCCUGGGCGACGAUCGGGUGCAUCGCGAGGUCAUGUCGUGGGUCAAAGAAUGGGACUACUGCGUAUUCGGACGUAAGCAGGGUCUUGGCCGAGGGGUCAAACGUCCUAGAGGGGAGGAUGGUGACAAUCUAGACGAAUGGAAGAGACCGCAAGAGAGGAUUCUGCUGUUGUCCGGACCUCCAGGUCUAGGAAAGACAACGCUGGCACACGUGGUUGCUCGACAUGCUGGUUACCAGGUGUUCGAGAUCAAUGCAAGUGACGCUCGAUCGGCACAAGUAGUAGACGACCGUCUACGGCCCGCGCUGGAAUCAGGUUCUGCUGUUGGCAGUUCGAAACCCGUCUUGGUUGUCAUUGACGAGAUAGAUGGUGCAACUGGUGGCUCAGAUCAUUCUGCGGGCUUCAUUAGGAGGUUACUUUCAUUAACUCACGACCGACCAAGAAAGAAAGGCCGUAAGGCUGACCCGAAAGCCCCUCGUCCAGUCCUCCGCCCCAUUAUUUGCAUCUGCAAUGACCUCUACGCCAAUUCGCUCAGGGACUUGCGGACCUCCGCUCGCGUCGUCCGGUUUUCGCGUCCCAACGACAUUUACCUUGUUCGCCGCCUGCGAGAAAUAUGCGAGAUCGAGGGUAUGCGUGCGGAGUCGAGGGCGCUGACAGCGCUCGUGGGCAUCGCACAGGGGGAUUUGAGAGGAUGCUUGAACAUGCUGCAGCUCAUCAAGGCGAAAGGACGAGAUGUGACGGAGCCCGUGGUACGAACAGCGGCUGCGGGGAUGAAACAGGUUGAUAUGACGUCUACCUCGGUACUGACCGACCUCUUCUCGCCGAUGGCGCGAAAACGCACCAAAGAUCUUGGACUCACUGAGGAGGACGAGGCUCGGUAUGUCCGUCGACUUAGUCGGGAAGUCGAAAGUACCGGGGCAAUGGACAGGGUUGCCGAAGGGUGCUUUGAAUAUUACGCGACCUUCCAUCACCAUGACGCGAACUUCUCAAGAUAUCUCAAAGCAAACGAGUGGCUCUCCAGCUAUGACCGACUUUCAGGCGAGAUGUGGACUGAGCGCGAGUUCGCGCUGUCAGAGUACUUGCCCUUCAUGCUUGUAGGGUUCUAUCCAUUGUUCCAGGAACGCGGUCGACCAAGAUUAGAGAGACCGAAGGCGACAUGGGAUCAACAUGUCGCGACCACGACGAAUCAGGAAAUCUAUGCCUCUCUUGCCCGCUGCUUGCGCUCGGCCGCUUCAAGAAAUCGUGGAGACUACAGGCACCUUGCCGGCGACCAGAUACUCCAACUUGAAAUGGCGCCCUACCUCAACCGCAUCAUCUCCCCACCUCUGAACCCCGUAAAUCGUCAAAUCAUCCGACCAAGCGAGAAAGCGACUUUAGCUCGGCUUGUGGACAUCAUGAACGACGACGGACAGCUUGUAUAUAGACUCGAUCCUCCGAUAGACGUAUUCGUGACCUAUGACGGAAAGCGAGCAUCAGAUAUCGCGACGUCGAAAUAUGCCGUGAGGCAUGUGGUUGCAACGGAAAUCGACGACAAACUCGAGGCAAUGCGUAUCGAGCCGGCGGAGAAGAGUAAACCGAAGCGCUCGGACUUCUUCAAACAACGCACGGCUAAUGGUGCCACAAAUAAUGACGACGAAGGCGACGUAUCACUUCCUGCAGCGAAGCGCUCCAAGCUGGAUCAAGCAGGUCCACCGGAGAAGAUAGCUGUUGACUUCUUUGGCCGACCUAUCGCAGCGCCCAACCCAGCCUCAGGUAAAAGUUCCUCCGGGAAAGGGGCGAAGCCGACUACGAAAUACCGUGUUGCGUUCCGGUUCAACGAAGGCAACUCCGCCGCUGUACGGAAGCCCAUCAAAGUAUCAUCGUUCCUGUAGAAUGUCAGACGUCGUUGUAGCACUAGCAUGUAUCUUUAGUGAUGCGCCCAGCUACCAACGAUAUUAUCACAGAGCGCCAUGCUGUGACUGGA